CGAGUGAACGGUGCGACGGACCGCUUAAUAUCCCGACCAAGUGAAUCCCGAUACUAUGACCGAACCUAGUUUCAACGAGAGUCACCGUACUAACGUCGGUUGCUUUCUGGCUAUCCCGAGGCACACAGAGGAUAUUCUUGGACUCCCGUAUAUUAAUUCAAGUUUGGGGGGACCGGCGUCGCUACCGCCGUCGCCGUCGCCGUCGUCGUUGCCGUCGUACAUCGUCACUUGCCCGCCACGUCGCGUCACUUUGUUGCUUAGCAACUGCUUUUUCACAAUAACGACAUUUUGCUGCCAUCUACCGUUGAAAAUUUUUUUAAAUAUAAUUUUGCUCCAUGGAUAAAACGUUUGUUAUUGUUCGGUGAAGAAUGUAAAAAUUGAUUGAAUAAGGUUUGACGUUUCAAACGUUGUAAUGUUGACAUGGUAACGAACUGUAAAACAACUGUGACAAAUACAAUUUCAUGAAACGUCGUUGACAAUUGUAAGCAAGCAAUUGAAUGAAUAAGUUAUUUGCAUGAUAUAUGAACGAACUGGUAGAAAUCAGAAGAGGAACAUAAACGAAUCGUAUACAAUGCAAAGACCAUCGACAAGCACAUCUACGUUACAAAGUAAAUUUGACAAAUCUCGAAGAGUGUCAAGAAACGAGUUGGGGGAAUUUUAUGUCACUCCUGGAAGUACACGACCAUCUACACCUGGUCAAAAUGUUUUGGCAAGACCACCAUCAACUUCUGUUUUGUUUAAUCACGUUCAGGGUAAUAGUUCACGGCUAACUACAGGUUCUAGCAAUUCUGCAUACUUAAAUAAUGGAGGUACUCUGCUUGGACAAACAAAUAUAAAUGUUGUGGAAAGACCGAUUACUCAGCAUGGAGUAGCUGGUGUUAGACCAGGAACAGGUAGAGGAUUAUCCAUGAUGAGACAAAUUCAGGACAAAAGAUAUUAUAGUGGACUUUUGCAAUUGAAAAUAAGAGAACUGAAUCAAGAAAUUACCAUUUUAAUGAAAGAGAUUGAAGAUCAAAACAAGGAGAGUGCCACAUAUCUACAUUAUGAUAAGAGGGCCAAAGAUUUAGCUACCGAAUUAAUAACUUUACAAGGACAAUUGGCAGAUUACAACAUUGUGGUAGAUAAAAUGACAUCUGAUAUUGGAAAGGAAAUUGUAGAACAAGAAACAGAAGAACUUGCAACAAAGAAUGAACAAAGUUUAUCAAGGAUUGAAAAUAUGUUUGAAAAUAGGAAGCAAUUAGAACAACAACUAAAUAAAUUAGAAAAACAAUUAGAAAAUGAAAAGAAAAGAAGAGAUAGACUUGUAGAAAGCAUGAAUUCAGAUACAAGAGAAAAAUAUACAGAAUUGUUAAAGGAAAAAGCAAAUUUGCAAGAAAAAACAAAUAAAAUGCAACAGGAAUUAGAUGAAUUAUCUAAAGAACAAGUUUUCUUAGAAGAGGAAAUAGCUUUAUCUCCCUUAAAACAGGAAGCUGUUAAGUUACAGCUUCAAAUUAUAGAAGUUGAAGAAAAAAGAGCGAAAUUAAGAGAAGAAGAAAAACGCAGAAUAUCUCCAGAAGAAGAGAAAGAAAAGUUAUUACAAAAAAUUAAACAAGAUAAUAUGGAUAUUGCAGCUGCAGAAGCCCAAUUAACUGAAAGAAGGAAGGCAAUCGAAGAGGCAGAACAUGAACUUGAACAAUUAGAAGCUGAUAUAGAGGGUUCUCAGUCUGAAAAACAAAUCAAAUAUAAGGAGCUCCGUAAAAAGGAAGAAGUGAUGGAACAAUUUAUGUCUAGUUUUGAACAAAAUAAGCAAGAUGAAACAAACAAAUUACAUAAAUUAGAAGAAACAGUGAUUGACCAUUUGAAAAAUAUUUCAAGUAUGUUGAACAUUGAUAUAGAUAUCAUAGAUGGCAAUGAAAUGGCAAUAUUGCGCAAUAUAAUUUCUUAUAAUGACAGUGACUCUACCAAUAAUGAUCAAAGUUAUGAAAGACUAACAAAAGAAAAUUUAAAAUUACAGCAAAUUUUAAGUAAAAUGGAGUUGUUAGAGCAAAAACUUACAGCAGAAUUUUCUAGCCUCAAUGAAAAAAUAAAUAAAAAAGAAAACAAAUUAAUGGUUUUAGAUGAUAUAAACAAUUUAAAAUCAAACUUAUCACUAAAACAAGCACAGUUAAUAGAAGAGUGCGAACAACUGAAGAAACAACAAUUAAGAAACCUACAAGAAGAAAAAGCACUUCAGUCUGAAUAUGACGAAAUAAAACAGCAAUUGAAGAAUAAUGAAGUAUACAAUCAGAUUAAUUUAUUAGAAAACACAGUAGAAAGGUUAAUGGAAGAACAUAAUAAAAUAAAAGAUUUCAUUUUUAAGCAAAGAGAACAGGUUGAUUAUGGUCCAAUAAAAGAAGAUACUUUUAAUUUAAUGAUUAAUUAUAAUACUAUAUUAAAAGAUAACUUAAAGAUUGUUUAUUAAUUUAGAAUUUCACUUUUUACAAUUUUAUUUCAUACUAUUCUAAUAACUAAUCUUCGGAAAGCGGAAAUUUAUACUUAUUUAUUAAAGCUGUAUAGUCAGUUUUAAAUUGUUUACUGGGCCUUACACCUUUUUGCAACAUAUUUUCUUUUAGCUUCACAGCAGCUUCUGUUUCAUCUCGUUUUACUGCAGAUCAAAUUUUUAAUCCUAUAAUUUUGUAUUUUAUAAAAACUAACUGUAAAUAAAAAGUAACUAUACUUACUGUAAAUAGUUAGAACUAAAUAACAUAUGGGUUCUAAAUUUUGUUUCAAUAUGUUUCCUCCUAUUUUUAACAUAAUCAAACAUACUUUUACAAUAUCAUUUUCUGGUAAAUAUUUAAAUUCUUGUAAUAAAGUUUUAGCAGACAUAUGAUUAUUCUAAAAAGAUAAGAUGGUUGAAAUAAGAAAUUUCAUACACUGAUAAUUGUAAAGAAUGAAUAUAAAUAAUAGUUCAUACCACAAAUAAAUCUUGUAAUUCUUUUGUUUUAUCGCAUUGUGCCAGCGAUAUCAUUAGAUUUGUAAUUGCAGUUUCUUUUCCAUGAACUUUCACUAUCAUACUGUAGAC